ACUCACUUCAAAUGAGAGGCGGCCACCUCUACCUCAGUCUGUCCGCUCUUACAACCGCUUGUUGAUCCUGCAAGAACUGCAACACAAGACCCAACAUGAUCCCUACAGUUACUCUCAAUAAUGGAGACAAGAUGCCCAUUGUGGGUCUGGGAACAUGGAGGGCUGGGCCAGGAAAGGUCUCAGAGGCUGUUCAGGUGGCAAUAAGUGAAGGUUACCGGCACUUUGAUGGUGCUUACAUUUACCAGAAUGAAGGAGAGGUUGCAGCUGGACUUUCUGCCAUGAUUGACCAAGGAGUUGUAAAACGGGAGGAUCUGUUCAUCGUCAGCAAGUUGUGGUGCACCUUCCAUAUUCCCUCUCUGGUGAAGGGAGCCUGUGAGAAGACGCUCAGUGACCUGAAACUGGACUACUUGGACCUGUACCUCAUGCAUUCCCCGAUAGGAAUGAAGCCAGGGGAGGAACUUUUCCCAUUGGACGAGAACAACAAGGUCAUUUCUGAUGACAGCGACUUCUUGGACACUUGGGAGGCUAUGGAAAAGUUGGUAGAUGCUGGAUUAGUUAAGGCCAUCGGCGUCUCCAACUUCAACAAAGACCAGAUUGAAGCCAUACUCAAUAAGCCAGGUCUCAAGUACAAGCCCGCCACCAACCAGGUUGAAUGCCAUCCAUACCUGACUCAAGACAAGCUGAUCAACUACUGUCACUCAAAAGGCAUCUCAGUGACAGCAUACAGCCCGCUGGGCUCACCUGACAGACCCUGGGCUUCCUCUGAUGAUCCCAUCCUGCUGGAGGAACCUGAGAUCAAGGCCAUCGCCAAGAAAUACAACAAGUCCCCAGCACAGGUUCUCAUCAGGUUUCACAUUCAGAGGAACGUGAUCGUCAUUGCUAAGUCAGUGACGCCCCAUCGAAUCAAGGAAAACAUACAGCUGUUUGACUUUGAGCUGAGCGAAGACGACAUGAACAGCAUGUUGAGCUUGAACAGGAACUGGAGAGGAUUCAGAAUUGAGACGGCUUCAGAACACAAAGACUACCCCCUGAAUACAGAAUACUAACUCAUCAGACAACAUGCUGCAUCAAUGACACUAAGCUUGUACUGUAACAUUUUCAGAUAAUGGUAAUGGUACUGUCUAACUCAGCAAACAGGAUGCAUUUCUGUA